UCUGCACGGCGCCCCGCGGGAGAGCUUCAUGUGGGGCUGCGGCCCGCGCAGCCGGCGCCUCGUUGAGGGAACGGACCCCUAGUAAUCGGAGACCGCCUCCCCUCCCACCACCCCAGGCGCCAAAGGAUAUCGUAUGUUCAGGUCUAAACGCUCGGGGCUGGUGCGGCGACUUUGGCGAAGUCGUGUGGUCCCUGAUCGGGAGGAAGGCAGCGGCGGCGGCGGUGGUGGUGGCGAUGAGGAUGGGAGCCUGGGCAGCCGAGCUGAGCCUGCCCUGCGGGCACGAGAGGGCGGAGGCUGCGGCCGCUCUGAAGUCCGCUCGGUAGCCCCGCGGCGGCCCCGGGACGCGGUGGGACCGCGAGGCGCCCCAAUCGCGGGCAGGCGCCGGCGCACUGGGGGUCCCCCGAGGCCGGUAUCGGAGCCGGGGGUCGGAGCUGAGGGCUCCCUGCUGGAUGUGGCGGAGCCUGGAGGCCCGAGCUGGCUGCCUGAGAGUGACUGCGAGACGGUGACUUGCUGUCUCUUCUCCGAGCGGGACGCUGCGGGCGCGCCCCGGGACGCCGGCGAUCCCCAAGCCGGGCUGUCUCUGGAGCCUGAGGAGGCUGGCGGGCCUCGGAGUCGUGAAGCCCGCUCGAGGCUGCUGCUUCUGGAGCAGGAGCUCAAGACGGUCACGUACUCGCUGCUCAAGCGACUCAAGGAGCGUUCGCUGGACACACUGCUGGAGGCGGUGGAGUCCCGCGGCGGCGUGCCGGGCGGUUGUGUGCUGGUGCCGCGCGCGGAUCUCCAUCUGGGCGGCCAGCCCGCGCCACCGCAGCUGCUGCUCGGCCGCCUUUUUCGCUGGCCAGACCUGCAGCACGCAGUGGAGCUGAAACCCCUGUGCGGCUGCCACAGCUUCGCCGCCGCCGCUGACGGACCCACGGUGUGUUGCAACCCCUACCACUUCAGCCGGCUCUGCGGGCCAGAAUCACCGCCACCCCCCUAUUCUCGGCUGUCUCCUCGUGACCAGUACAAGCCACUGGAUCUGUCCGAUUCCACAUUGUCUUACACUGAAACCGAGGCCACCAACUCCCUCAUCACUGCUCCGGGCGAAUUCUCAGAUGCAAGCAUGUCUCCAGAUGCCACCAAGCCGAGCCACUGGUGCAGCGUGGCUUACUGGGAGCACCGGACGCGCGUGGGCCGCCUCUAUGCGGUGUACGACCAGGCCGUCAGCAUCUUCUACGACCUACCUCAGGGCAGCGGCUUCUGCCUGGGCCAGCUCAACCUGGAACAGCGCAGUGAGUCGGUGCGGCGCACACGCAGCAAGAUCGGCUUCGGCAUCCUGCUCAGCAAGGAGCCAGACGGCGUGUGGGCCUACAACCGGGGCGAGCACCCCAUCUUCGUUAACUCCCCCACGCUGGAUGCGCCCGGAGGCCGCGCCCUGGUCGUGCGCAAGGUGCCGCCGGGCUACUCCAUCAAGGUGUUCGACUUUGAGCGCUCAGGGCUGUUGCAGCACGCAGACGCCGCCCAUGGCCCCUACGACCCACACAGCGUGCGCAUCAGCUUCGCCAAGGGCUGGGGACCCUGCUACUCGCGACAGUUCAUCACCUCCUGCCCCUGCUGGCUGGAGAUCCUCCUCAACAACCACAGAUAGCAUGGAGGCUGCCACUGCGCCGCAGCGUCCCCCCACCUCCGGGGGUCAGCGCCCAGAGACGCCCCCCCAGGGACAACCUCGCCCUUCCCCCAGAUAUCAUCUACCUAGAUUUAAUAUAAAGUUUUAUAUAUUAUAUGGAAAUAUAUAUUAUACUUGUAAUUAUGGAGUCAUUUUUACAACGUAAUUAUUUAUAUAUGGUGCAAUGUGUGUAUAUGGAGAAACAAGAAAGACGCACUUUGGCUUGUAAUUCUUUCAAUACAGAUAUAUUUUUUUCUUUCUUUCCCUCUUUCCUUUUUUAAAGAAAAUUAUACAGCAGAACUAGGUGGCAAACCUGGGUUUGGUGUAUGGUUUUUUUAAACUAUUAAUGCCCAGACAAAACUAAUACCAGUCACUCUUGAUAAUAAAGUGUUUGCAUUAUA